AGCUCCUCCUCCCCUUUUCGACAUUAAGGUGAGGAAUGUGGACGGGUACCGCUUUAAUUGUUUAAAUGGCCACUUCAAGACGAAGUGACCAAAUGACCAUCUUAUAUCCAAACUGGUGAGGGGGGGUGGGCUGGUCAUUUAAUAUUGUCCCAAGCAGAGGGGGAGGGGUGCUUCGCUCAGCCAUUGCCUUUCUGCUAGGUGGUCCCUGCCUGUGAUUGGUCUCUUCCAGAUUUGGGCUCCCUCACUGAGGAAUGUGUAAUUUAUCAGUGAAGAGGUUGUAAUUGAGAAUCACGUGGAUUUGACCCACUAGGUGGGGGUAGGAUGUUGGAGCAGGGGGGGGGGGGGUGGAUUUAGUGUAUACAUGUAAAAAUAUUGAAAGGAAUUGGGGAGAAAAAAAAAUACACACACAACCUAAACUUACGAUUCUUUACCUUGGACAAAGAAAGUGUAAAAUACAUUUCUGGAUAAUAGGAGAAGACUCUUCCAGAGCCGUGGACUUACCCAGCAUGGCAGAAGGGGGUUGUGCCAUAACUGAAGAAGAGGAAUCGCCUAGUGCCGAGGAAGAUUCUCGGGUAUUCGUCGGCUCUGGCAUCUGCAAAUGGUUUAACGUCCGGAUGGGAUUUGGUUUUCUGUCCAUGACCAGCAGAGAAGGGUCCACGUUAGAGACACCGGUAGAUGUUUUUGUACACCAGAGCAAACUACAUAUGGAAGGUUUCCGCAGCCUGAAGGAAGGAGAGGCAGUCGAGUUUACUUUUAAGAAGUCAACCAAAGGAUUAGAGUCUCUACGAGUGACUGGGCCUGGUGGAGCCUUCUGCGUGGGAAGUGAACGAAGACCCAAAGGAAAGGGCAUCCAGAAACGACGUUCCAAGGGAGACAGGUGUUACAACUGUGGUGGACUGGACCAUCAUGCAAAGGAGUGUAAACUUCCACCCCAACCAAAAAAGUGUCACUUCUGCCAGAGUAUUUCUCACAUGGUAGCCAGCUGCCCAGUCAAAGCACAACAAUCAUCGCCCAGCUCUCAGGGAAAGCUCACCUCCUCCAUUAAGGGCGAGGAGGGCAAUCAAGGCACUGCACCGCUGCCACCAGAGAGUUCUCAGUGAAAGGAAGAAAUGUGUCCUGGAGAAGGAGGCUGCUCAAAAUUACUGAAUAAAAUGAGAAGUGCAGGCCAGCAUCAGAGACAACCUAACCCACUCCCAAAGGUUACCUGUUAAUCAUGAGAUGCCUUUGUAACUCUCAGGUGUUUUUGUUUUGUUUUGUUUUGUUUUUUUGUUUUUUUUUUUUUUAAAGAGUAUUUUAAAAAAAGAUGUAAUAGUUUGAAAGCUUUCCCAUUUUAUUUGCUAAGCGAUUACCAAUAACAUGAACAUGGAUUAAUAUUAGAAUGUAAAUUAACUCUAGGUCAUAACGAGCAUGUGAUCUUGGAACAGAAGGAUACAGAAAACUGACAAUGUGACCUGCUGUUCCUUAUGUUUCUAUUAAGAGCAAAAAAGAAAACCAAAAUAGCAUUAACCACUUAAGACUAUCAGUUUUAUUUCAGCUCUAUAGUGCCGAUUUCUACCAACAGUUAAAAAUGAUCUUUGACAGUGGAAAUGUUCACCUUUUGCACUGUAGUAUGAUCAGUCAAGAUAGACAUAUGAUCAAGGGUGGAUGGUUAUUUUUUUAAGAGUUGUAGCAUUUAGGUACCCAAACUAAUAACAGGCAUGUUACAAACCGGGCAUUUGUUUAAGAUCUAUAAUUGGGCAUUUUAUCUGCCGAAGUGAAUGUACUCAGUCAUCUGGGCUAAAGCGUAGUAGGUAGGAUCUCCAUACAUACUUUUUUUUUUUUACAUUUUUUUUUUUUUAAAAAAACAAAUGGAACAUUUUGACUUUAGAAAAGCAUAUUUGACUACGGGUGCUUGAAGAUUUCAUUUAAGGCAAUGCCUUUGUUGACUAAUUUAUUUUCCUAAUUCUCUGCACAUUUACAAAGCAUUAUUUCAAUAGAGUGGCCUGUGCUAAUUAUGUUUACACUAUUAAUACUAAUGCAGAAGAUUGAGUGAGAGUUGGGACAGAUAUCCUCCAAACCUAUAAACAGAAGUUGUACACUACUUCUUUGUAUGGUGUUUAAAGAAACAAAAAGUGCAUAGCUUGUAGCUGGCCAUAUAAAAUGGAUAUACCGGUGUCCAAGCCAGCAUAGAUAAAUCCACAUUGUGAAGGUUCAUACUGAUCAAUGAUGUGAUCAACUCUGACUCUACUCUCCACAAAAUUAUAAGCCCCAUUAAAAGCUCCUAUCCUGCAGAAUCAUUGUGAGGAUGAACAUCCGACCAUAAUGCUGCAUCAUAUAGAUGCAUCUUUGGGGGUGGGGGAGCUGGAAAGGUAAGAUGAUUCAUUCUGAUAUCCCAAAUCUGUAAAGACGAGGAUUGUGUUUUAAAAGAAUCCGAAUGAGAUGGACAUUAAGAAUGUAAUUGGAGCUGCUCUGAUCUUGCAGUUUCCUUCACGGCACCAAAUCUCUAACUCUUUAUCAAGUUGGACAGUUGAACUUUGUUGGAGUGUUGCCUCGGUCAUCUUGAUUUGCCCAAAAUAAUGAAUGAAGAACAAUUUGUGUUGUUUCUUCCACUUUGCUAUAUUUUAAUACUGCUGUUGUUUAAUCCUAGAUAUCCCCCUUAUUUUAUCGGCAUGGAAGAUAUCAUUUUACCAUUUUUUAUAGUGGUCUUGUUUUAACUGCAUUAUUACUCAAUCUAUGGACUUUGUUGGUAAGACUUGGAAUAUUUCAUAAUAGCUUCGAGGGUGUUAAAUUAUAUAACAUUACAUUGGGGUGCCUGCGUGAGCUCCUCACUGACACAUCCCACUUACUAGACUUAGGGUACCAAAAAGUGAAGUCCAGAUUUUAAACAGUAUUUCUAUGAGAUCUGCCUAACCUCAAAAACUGAGGAAGGUAUGUGUCUGCUUUUAUGUGAGUAUUAAUGUGAUGCUACUUGGCGCUCAUUGUGUGUGUAAGAUUUACUUUUAAUAUAAAUCUGUUCUGUAUUUUUGUAUAUUUAAAAAGCAAGAGAGGAAAAAUAAUCCAUAAUGUGUCUCAGGAAAUCAAAACCCAAAACUCAGGGAUACUUUCAAUCAGGUGAAUUUUUAUAGUGCAUUUUGAAAUCACAUUUAACCUGCCCAUAUGCUACACUGUGUGACUGACAAAGUGUGUUUAUGUCCCGAAAAGUGUUUUGAAUUUGAAACCAUUUUCAACAUGGUAAACUGUACGUGGUUGUUGGAAUAGGACCAAAUCGGAACUUGAACCCUAAAAUUUGUGUAAUGAUUGAAGACUAAAGAAUUGGAAGUAAAGCAAGAUAAGAAGUUAGUGGCUGGUCAGUUAAAUAAACAGUGUGGUGCCAAGAUGCUUUGUAAUGACAAAGAGCCGUAGUCUCAUCAAAUACAAAAUGUCAUCUGUGUGAAGCUGUUAGCAGACUGUAUUGUCUUGAGCCACCCAUUCCAAGACGCGAAUCAGUAUCCCAAAUAUGCACGUGUGGUGCUUUUUAAAUGGUGUAUCCUCCCAGAAAACGUUUUCCAUGUGGCAGAGGUGCAUUCUGUUUUUUGCAAAGUGCCAUAGUCUGAUUCUAUUUGAGCGAGUUCUUGGUUGUUGGUCUGCCCUGAAGUAUUAGUCCAUAUAAACCUAUGCAUAAAUUGGCAUAAACCACCUCCAAUAUUCAUCUUGGUGCCAUGUGUGCACUACGUGUUUAUAUGUUGCCCUUGUCAAACUAAUUUUGUGGCUUGCUUGAAAAAGGAACAUCUAAACACUUCCAAAUUGAACAGAAAAUGAAAUAACGAUUUGGCAUAAAAUAGAUGCUCAUACAAGAUGGGGAGGGUACAACAUGAGGAGCUUUCCCUACAUGUUCGCAAAUUAUGAAGCAAUCCUUCUUUAAUUUUCUUAUAAUAAUGUGAAGAUUGGCAACAAAAAUCUCAACUCUGAUACCUUCCAGAUUUCUUGUCUGCUUUACAUCCAGGGGCCUGGCAGCAAUAUGGUUAGAAGAUAUUGUCCAGUGUGGCUGAAUUUUUUGGAAUAUCUGCAGGUUUUUACUGUUUGUGUGCUUAUGUAUUUAUGUAUGUAAUAUGUGUACACAAACAGUUAUAUUAAUAUAUAAUUGUGAGUAUUGUUGCACUCUUGUAUAUUGCUCUUGUACAGAUACUGUUUUUUUGUAUAUUUCCUGUACGUAUUCUAUAGUUUGGGGGUACACCGUUGGUAGUGUAGUUGCCAACAGCAGGGCAUGGAAGAUCAAUGUGCAUUUCCUAAUGAUCGGGUCCUGUUGAAGGAAAACACUGAACAAUCUGGAGAGACUCAUUUAUAGGACAAUGCCUGUAGCGUCGUCUUCAGAGAUCUGCAGGCAUACUGCAUUUAGAGGUGUGCAUUGCAAUCUACAAAACUAUCACAUCCUACACGCUUUCUUAGUUGGAUUCUUAUGACAAUGUUAACACGUUGAACGCUUUAGACUAGACGGACAUGUGGCCAAACAGGCCAGAAGUAAUUUCAAACAAUCCCACGUUGCUACCUGACUUUGAGGUAAUGGUAGCUUUUUGUUUAUUUAUUUCGUAAUUUAAAAAAAAGAAAGAAAGCUUGGUGAAGUGAGGUCUUCAUCUUGCCUUUUGUUAAUAUUGUGUAUACUAAGAAAUGUAGGAUGUAAGAAUGUGUUGGUAUAGAGUGUAAAAUUGACAUUAGUAUUGCUGUAAUUUAUGGAUUUUUAAAUCUGACUUAAUGAAUCAACAGCAGCCUGCCCUGCUGUGUGUAGUAUUGUGUAAUGGUGGUGGGUUGAUUUUUAUUCUAGGAAAUUCAAAGCAAUCUAUACAAAUCUACCUCAGGAGAUAUUUUGGACACGGACAAUGUAACUGAAAUACUAAGGAGCUGUUUCUUUGUCUUUCAUUGUAUCCAGUGAAGCAUUGUCCAUUUAUGUAUGUACUGUGGUUGAUAGUGUGUGUGUGUGCGAGUGUGUGUGCCUUUUUUUUUUUUUUUGCCACUCCCCCAUGCCCCACUUUGUGUUUAGUGUUUUCCAAACAUGAUAGUGUAAGACUUAUCAUGCAGAAGACAUCAAUGGACAAACUGUCUAUGACCCCUAAAAUGGGCAGUUGUGUAUUUCUUAUGCAAGUAUAGGCACAAUAACGAGCACAGAUGCGCUACGUGAUAUGGCAGACUUCUCCCGCUGUCACUUCAAGCUGAUCUUGUUCCAAAGUGCAUUAAGCCUUUCAAAUAACCGUGCCAUUGAAUGUAAGGUCCGUCACAUCCAGUUGAUUUGAUUUCUGCUAGUGUCCAUUUGCCUGUUAGGCUUUUGUAAAAGAGGUGACCAGGGGUGGUGGUGUCCCUUCCAGUCCCAACCAGAGGCCUAACUUAAAAGAACGAUGUGACACGUGUCUACAGUUAUCAAAGAAGUGUUCUCUGCAUUUGCCAUUAUGUGACGCCAGAAAUGUGACACUCUUACUUCUGUAAAUUAAAGAUCAUCAUUAAUUAUGAAGGCAUUAACCAAGAAGACAGCAAGUCCCACUUUGCUUUAUAUGCUGUAAUGACUUGCACAUCCACAAGUAUGCCAUCAUUUAUAUUUUUUUUGCUUUGAGUCUGAUGUAGUCUAAUAAUUUGGCAUACUUUUUCCUCUUUGGUUCUUUCCAGGUUUCUCUCACGUUUGUUAAUUUCUUAGUCGCAAAAGCCUUUUUUCAUUUCUGCACUUUCAAGUGCUUGGCUUAUCCCUUCACAGCAGCCUCCCAAAUAUUUGAUCCCAAUGACAACUUCCAACUUAAUGUUAAAUGCCUAAAGUUUAACUAGACAUGGUGGAUGAUUAGUUUCACUGGAAAGAUUUUAUUUUUUUUCUGAUUGUGUUUUACUUGUCUAAAAGACCAAAUGUGGGAUGUCGCUCUGGCAAAACUGACCAUUUUAAGAAAGUACUGCGAUUAUAUUUAAAAUCUGUGCAAUUUUCCCUGUUAGAAUGGCUAAAUUAAUGUUAAGACGCCUCAAAAGCAAACUGAUGUUCAAUGGGCAAAAACACAAUCAUCAAAAUGUUGACACACAUGAGGACGUGUCUCCUUCCUCUCACGGUCUCCUCAGUUGGUGUGUUUGUAGCUCCUCUUUCUUGGACUUUGUGUUCACAAAUGGGGUUAUGGGGGCGGGUGGGGGGGGGGGGGUGUUACUUAGUUUAGCAGAAAUGUGCGCUGGAUAACGAGUGUGGCUGGCAACUUUUAAAAGCCCUUUGCAGGCAAAUCCCUAGGCUUAACAUUAAGAAGGGGCACCCAGUUAGGAUGCCAAAAGCACACAGUCGCCAUAAAAGUGCAAGGAUUGAAAAACUGCUUGAAAAUUGACAGGCUAUGAUUGUAAGUGGUGUGCAAUGUGAUACAGAGGGGAGACUGCUGGGGAUAUGUUAUUGUGUGUAUCUAACCCCCCGCAACUUUGGAAGAGGUGAUCCCACCUCCCUGAAAGAAGAACUUGCAUUGUUUUAAACUUUCUGCUCAACAUUUAUACUGGUACCUAAAAAAACAAAAAAGCGAGUGCCAUUUUAUCCCCUCUCGUGCGCAUUUCACACCUUUUUAAAUUUAAUGUAUCUUAUUUUUUACUAUGCUCAGGGUGAUGUGUUAAGCACAAUUUAGAAGCCUAACUUGCACAGAGUGACGCUUGUUGGAUGAAUGUAUGUGUGCGAAUGUGGGAAUGCACAUGUCUUAUUUUAUUUUAAUUCAUUUUUCAUUGCGAAAUUGUGUAUGUGUUACAGGUGUAAAAUACCAAAUUUGAAUUCAUGAUUGUACCGCCUAAAAGUGACUAACGAAUGUAACUCUGUUUACUGCUAGAAACCAAAGUUUCACAAGAGGAACUCUCCCUGAAGGAGAUUUCCUGGUUUUUAUAAAUAAAUAUAUAUAUAUAUAUAAUCUAUUUUUAUUUUCCUUUGUAAUUAUUCCGUAGCCAAUCAGAAUGGGUUUUGUGACUGUGUUUGAAAAUUUUGUUUCAUUUUAUGUAUCCAUUACAAACCCAGCUGUUACCAAGUUGUUUCAUACUCUUGCAUCAAAACAUGUUCUCUCAAGUAAAUAAAGUCUGUUAUUAAACUGUUGGGCCUUUUUGUCAUUGACUUGUCAUUUUUAGAUGUGAACAGUUCACUUCUUACAGGUCUCUAUUGAGUAACUGCACCGGUAGACUCACUUCACACCCCCUGAAGACUUGAGUGUCUGCAUAGGUAU